UUGGCUUGUCUGUAGGUGCUAGCUUUUGACGACCCAUUUUCUCGGUCAGGUCUUCUUUCACGUGGGUUUUGGCGUUAAGUUUGCUUCUUUGUUCAUGGAGAUGGGUUCAGUUGAAGAAAACCGCCAAGUAGAUUUCAAUGAAUAUGAACAUGGUGAUCCCUCAGUUUCUCUAGAAGCUUCUGCUAUAUGUGAUGUCUAUGGUGAACCCAAGGUACUUCCUCGAGUUGGAGAUGAAUAUCAGGUUGAAAUUCCCCCUCUAUUAGCAACAUCUUACUGUUUUGGGAUAAUAAGCCACCCAACUAGUGCAAAAAUAACUGCUGGUGAUUCCUUUGAAUUUCUAGUGGGGUUACCCAUUCCAGUAAUGAGGAUAUAUGAGGAAGUUGAGAGUAAAGAGCAUGAUACAGAGGUAGCUUUUGAUAUAGCCAACAAAAAUGGUUCUUUAAAAUCUAAAUGCGUCAAACAGAUACAACAUGACAACUCAAAACUCAAUGCCGAGCCAAUGGAUAUUAAGUCUGAUCAGAGGAAGAUAUCAAGUAACUCGAUGAAGUUGGGAUUGAAACAAGAAAAGAUGAGUAAAAUGCAUGAAAAGCGUAAGGGAAGACGGUACUUCCUGGCUCUUGGUUCCUCAGUUGACCACUGGAGUGACAUAGAGAAAGAUAGUUUUCUUCUUGGUUUAUAUAUAUUUGGGAAGAACCUUGUUCAGGUGAAGAAAUUUAUUGGGAGUAAACAGAUGGGCGAUAUAUUGUCAUUCUACUAUGGAAAGUUUUAUAGGUCUUGCAGCUACAUAAGAUGGGCAGAAUGUAAAAGAAAGAAGAGCAAAACAGGUAAACUAGGAGAACAAUUGUUUACUGGAUUGAGGCAAGAAGUGUUGUUAUCUCGUUUGCUUCCUCAGUUGUCAGAAGAAGACCAAACUAUUUUACUUGAGGUAUCGAAGAUAUAUCGAGAAGAAAAAAUGUUACUAGAAGAGUAUGUAUUCAUCAUAAAGGCUAAAGUCGGACUGAGUGCUUUUGUACAGGCAAUAGGAAUUGGUAAAGUGAAGCAAGAUCUAACAGUGCUUAGGAAAAGACCAGCUCGUGUAGUUCAUGGUACCCCUUUGGCGAACGGUGGUUUAGUUUCUCCAGAGUUGAAGGGUAAGAAUCAGCUAUUAGGUGUCUUUUCGCCACUGGUGGUGCUGACUGCUGACCUUUCUUACUUGUACAAUAUCUAUUCUGUAGCAGCCAUGAAUCCCAGUAAAAGCUCAAAAAAGAGCAAGAAGAGAGGAGCUGAUGAAGUUCCCCAAGCUGAACCAAGAAGAGAUAAAAAGGUGGGCUCUGGGCCUUCUGCAACCAGCUCACAUCAAGCUUCUCUGGUCCCCUUUGUCAAUUCUAUAAUGAUGUCUGUUAGAGAGCCAGCUAAGGCUAUGGACCCUAUUGAGCAUCUCCAGAGGUCCUAUGCCCAGGCUGCACAGGUCUUGUUCGACCAAUUUCAUGCCUAUGGAGAUGUCAUCGGGAAGCUGAAGAAGGACAGCAUUACAAGAACCGAGAUGAAGAAGGAAUGA